ACACAUUUUCUAUUAAUGAAACAGAAUGUGCAAGGCUUUAUUACCUGGAGAUAAUGAAAGCAUGAGUGAGGAGGCAAUAUGGGAAACUCUUCCUCACUUCUGGGUGGCGAUCUCCAUGAUUUUCUUUCUUACUGCUACAGUGUUCACCGUCCUGAAGCUGUGUGGUGAUAUUGUUGCCUUUGGCUGGUGGGACUUGUUCAUAAAUUAUGGGUGCUAUUCCCUGACCUUGAAUAGUCUUUUACCUUCACCCUUCUUUCUUUUGGCAGCAAUGCUGAAAUUUGGCUUAUUUUGUUUUUCUAUAGUAUUGCAGAGUGCUUUUCUUUUCUUGUCUGUACAAAAUGGUCUAAUCCAGUGAUUCAUAGAAAUUCUCUUACAAGAGAAGCAAGUUCGUCAUCAACUGCUAUUAGAUAUCUAGACUGGAACAGUGGCUUGGUGGUAUC